UCGAUAAGCUAGCUAUCGUUGUUCCCGUUCGCACGUAGUCUUCUAGAUUUUUUCUAUUAAUUUCGUUAUUUCUUCAGUGAAAGUUAGGGAAAAUGUCCGUCUGGAAGUCUGCGGCACUAACUCUUAAUCAUUCGUUUAAAAGAGCACUGUUGUACCAACUACCUGCUUGUCAGAUAAGAUCCAAAACCACUGGACCUGAAAUUACCAAUCUCAAGGAAGAGUUAGCAGUUUUGAUUCCAGAGCACAGAGAAGUUGUCAAGAAGUUUGUAGCAGAACAUGGAAAGUUUUCAUUGGGGGAAGUCACCAUUGAUCAGCUGUACGGAGGAAUGAGAGGAAUCAAAGGUCUCAUCACAGAAACAUCAGUACUUGAUGCUGAGUUUGGUAUCCGUUUCCGUGGUUACAGCAUUCCAGACUGCCAGAAGAUGUUGCCAAAGGCCCCAGGUGGAAUUGAACCACUUCCAGAAGGAUUGUUCUGGCUGCUGUGCACCGGCAAGAUGCCCUCUGAUGCUCAGGCGAAGGCUGUUUCUCAGGAAUGGGCAAACAGAGCAGGUCUGCCAUCACAUGUGGUGACCAUGCUGAAGAACUUUCCAUCCAAUCUUCACCCCAUGGCCCAGUUCUCAGCAGCCGUCACUGCGUGCAACAGUGAGAGCAAGUUUGCAAAGGCAUACAGUCAGGGAAUACACAGAGAUAAAUACUGGGAGUACAUUUAUGAAGAUUCCAUGGAUCUCAUUGCCAAAUUGCCAACGAUUGCGGCUAUCAUCUACAGGAACCUGUAUAGGGACGGUACCAGUGUGGGUGCUAUUGAUCCUAACAAAGAUUGGUCUGCAAACUUCCACAGUCAGCUGGGCUAUGAAGAUCCUCAGUUUGCUGAUCUCCUCAGAUUGUAUCUCACCAUUCAUAGUGACCAUGAAGGUGGUAAUGUCAGUGCUCACACUUGCCAUCUUGUGGGCAGUGCCCUCUCUGACCCCUACCUCUCAUUUGCUGCCGGUCUCAAUGGAUUGGCUGGGCCACUUCAUGGUUUGGCUAAUCAGGAAGUGUUAGUCUUCUUGAAGGGCAUCCAAGGUAAGGUUGGGUCAGAUUACACUCAGGAGGGUCUCAAGGAGUAUGUCUGGUCACAGCUGAAAGCUGGACAGGUGGUGCCAGGUUAUGGACAUGCGGUCCUCAGAGUGACUGAUCCUCGCUACACUUGCCAGCGUGAGUUUGCCCUCAAGUACCUGCCCAACGAUCCACUCUUCAGGCUGGUCAGUGACCUGUACAAGAUUGUACCCGACAUUCUUCUCCAGCUGGGGAAGGUCAAGAACCCCUGGCCAAAUGUUGAUGCACAUAGUGGAGUCUUGUUGCAGCACUACGGAAUGAAGGAGAUGAACUAUUACACUGUACUGUUCGGGGUCUCCCGUGCCCUCGGCUGUCUGGCCUCCCUAAUUUGGUCACGUGCUCUGCGCUUCCCCAUUGAAAGGCCAAAGUCGUACAGCACUGCCCUAUUGCAGCAGAUGGUCCAGAAGGCCGCCAAGAAAUAAUUUAUUCAUCAUCACUCUUUGAUGCAAUGAUGAUAUUUUUUUUUUACCUUCUGGAUGUAUAUGAUGAUAACAACAACAACAACAAAAUAGCCAUGAUGUCGAUAUAUUUAUAAUAUUAUUAUGGUGAUGAAGAUUGUGACGAUGAUGAAGAUUGUGAUGGUGAUGAUGGUGGUGGUGGUAGAGAUGAUAGUAGAGAUGGCGAUGAGGAGGGUGGCAUUAAAAUGAAGUUUUUGCGGAUUCAAAUAUAUUGCGUUUUUUAUGACUGGUAUGGCCAAUGUUAUGGUAUUUAUGAUAGAAUUAUAGAUUCAAUUAUUAUUGUAAUUAUUUUUUUUCUUAUUGUCUUUUUUCUUCUUCUUAUUCUUAUUAUUAUUAUUAUUAUUAUAUCUAUUACAAAACAUCUCGUACAGCUCUUUGAAGAUCACAUCCAUUCACUUACUUCCACCAACUUGGUCAUAUUAUUUUUUCAUUUUAUAUUUCCACCAUUUGAUCAACGACCUAAUUAAUUAAUUAAUUAAUCAACUGAUUAAGUAAUUUAUUUAUAUAUUUAUUAAAUCGUAAUUACCGAGACCAUACGUAACUACAGAAAAAUACACAUUACUGAUCUUUUUUUAUUCUUUGCUUCUUCACUCACUCAUUAGAUUAAAUUUUAAUGUUAGGAAAGGUAAUAUGAAUGAUAUAUAUCAUAUAUAUUUAUAUAUAUUAUAUAUAUGUAUGUAGAGAUAUAUAUAAAUAAUUAUAUAAUACAUAUAUAUAGUUAACUUAUUAAUGAAAUUAACAACAUUUUGAAUGGUAACCAUAUUUUUCUUACUUGAUAAGCCAAUGCAGUGCUGUGUUGUAAUUGUUCAUUUGUACGUUAGUCAGCUUGGUGUUGUCAGUUUAUUGUUAUUAUUGUUGUUAUUAUUUUUCAUUUUUAUAAUUGUCAGGUUCUGGGAGUGAAAUGAAUUAUGAGUUUUGAUGAAUUAUGGUUGAUGGGUGCAUUAGUUUACAUGUUUUCGUUGUUGCUGUUUUGUUUUGUUUUUGUAGUGCUGGGUUGUAGCUUUUAUUUGUAAAUAAAUUGUUUAUACGUUUUAAUCAUAUAUUAUUUGUUGUUAUACUAUGGUUCAUCAGAUAUGUUCUCACUUUUGUUACAAUUUUUGAAAAAAUUUUAAAGGAUUGUCAACUUACCAUAAAAAUCAUCAUUUGCUCUCGUUACUAUUGUUGUUUCCUCUGUGGAAUAGAUAGAAAGCUUCUUCAUU